AUGCCAAGAAAGGAAAAUGUGAAGAAGGGUGGGAAGAAGAAGAAAGUUGGCUUGAUGUCUGAAGUGCAUGAUAUUUUGAAGAAGGUCAAUGUCAAUAUACCUUUGAUUGAGCUCAUUCGACAAAUGCCGGUUUAUGCAAAAUUUCUAAAGGACUUGUGCACCCACAAAAGGAAGAUAAAUAAUGAUGAGCGGUUCGAGAUUUGUGAGGAGGUUAGUGCUAUCUUGCAAAGACGAAUUCCUCCAAAACUCAAGGAUCCGGAGAGCUUUAUUAUCUCUUGCACUAUUGGUGAGAAAGUCUUUGAUAGAGCUUUGAUGGACCUUGGUUCAAGUGUUAACAUUAUUUCUUUUGAGACUUUUCGAAAACUUGACCUUGGGCCUAUUAAAGCUACUCCUAUAUUCUUGCAACUUGCAGACCGGAGUAUUAUAAGAGCUAUGGGCGUCAUUGAAGAUGUGUUAAUCAAGGUUGACAAGUUCUACUUACCGGUGGAUUUGGUGGUAUUGGAUAUGGAUGAUGGAGCUCAUUGUGACAAGGACAUACCUAUCAUUCUUGGUAGACCUUUUAUGGCUACCGCGGGGAUAAAAAUUAAUAUUCAAAAGGGCACUAUCAAAAUGAAGGUGUUGGGUGAAAAAGUAUUACUCAAGAGGCUUGAACUCAUUUACCCUCCGGAGGUGGUAAAAAGUGUGAUUUCUAUUAAUUUGGUCAAGGGCAAUGAAGCAAAGAGAGAUAGAAUAUUUGGCCCAUUGAACCAAGUCCCACACCACAAUCAAGAGCCAUUGGUUACUAAUUCUUCCUCUCCUUGCCAAGUGUUUGCAAUUUCUACUCUUGAUAAGAUAAAUGUGAGUGAGUAUCUCGCAUUGAGUGAGGAGCAAAAGAAUCAAAUCAAGACAAUAGAGGAGAUUUGUGGGUUGAAAAAGAAGAAGAAGAAAGGAUAUCUUGAGUGGAACACUCCGGGGAAUAUCAAGUUUCUUACAUCAUCUUGUGGAGGUUCUAGUUCUACCAAAGCUUGUGUGGGUGGUGGUGGAAAGAAAGAGCCACCUUGA